AGUGAGAACAUCACACACACGCACACACAAAGCACGCGCACACAGAAGAUUUGUCAACUGCGUAUUCUUCAACCUGUAGGAGCGACUUGAAGAAGACAAAACAUGAAUAUAACAGAGGGAUAUGCAAAGAUAGGCGUUCGUGAGCUCCGGAUGUUUUACAGAAAUGGAUCAGUUUCAGAGCGUCACACCUGAAAAACUCCGCGGAUUAUGACUGUUCAUCACUUCUGUCGGCAUGUGUUCGAGAGGGAAAUAUGAACUCCUCGAAAGUGAAUCGGAAGCCAAGCCUUCAAGCAAGAGGAUUUGUGCCUUGAAGAUCUUCUACGGCAUCGCCUUUAUAUCAGCGUUCACCUUCAUCGCCUUUAUUUAUUUCCAAGACUACGCCCAAAACGCAAACUGGCAAAUCUACGAAGCCAAACCCUCAGACUAUCCUCCAACAAACAAAACAUUCCUCGAAGAAACUCCCACGGCCUGCGGUGUUAUAAUCAACGAAGGGCCUGUGAUUAAAGUAGGCGAUCUAAACACAUACGUGACCGGCUCUUAUAUGGACCACCGUUUCAAAGAGAUUAAAUCAAUUGCGAUUGUUUAUCGGAAUCAGUUUGUGACGUAUACAUGUGUGCUAUGCUGCGGUGGGGAAAAACGUGACUACGUUAGCGCAUUACACUAUUCAUUCAGACCACUUCAAUUUUGAAUACGGCACAGCUACUAUUACAUGCCUAUUAAAUAACGAGUGUUUAAACCCAACGCAUGUUGCUUUAACAUCAUCAACCGAUCACUCGGGAGGCAUCACAUCAUUCCAAAGCAUCAGGAACAGAGACGUUCCUACGACGUUCCCACAUCACUUCACCAUCUGCAUCUCUGUAAUGUACGACUAUAAAAACGUCCUCAAUCUUGUUGAAGCAAUGGAGAUGUUUCGACUUCUCGGUGCGACAAGAGUCGCGAUAUAUCGGACGAACUGCGAUUCAGACGUACAGAAGGUUUUGGAUUAUUACGUAGCGCAAGGAUUCAUCGAAGUCAUCCCGUGGACUAUUAAAAAACACGUCAAGGUGUCCAGCGGAUGGAGGAAGGAUAUAUCAGGAGGCGAGCUGCACUAUUAUGGACAGAUUCCUGCACUCAAUGAUUGUGUUUAUCGAUAUAUGUACCAAAGCCAAUAUGUGGCUCUACAUGACAUGGAUGAACUCAUUUUACCUUUCGGCGUGAAAACAUGGACGGAGAUGUUACCAAAGUUGGAGAAAACAUACGGGGAUAGCUUAGGGUUUGAGUUUGAGAACAACCAAUUCCCUUUCACAUCUAAAGACAAUGGGAAAUAUGAUGUAAGACAAUGGGAGAGCGUACGGGGAACUAAUAUACUGAAAUACAUCCAGCGAGUGCCUAAUAACCCCAAAGCUUUUAAUAACUAUAAGGUGAUCGUGAACCCGCGGCUGGUUCUGAUGGCUACUGUACAUGGCUUGCUGGAUACUGUGAAUCUCGGUCAGCACACGGUCAGGGUGGAUAGAGAUGUCGCUCGAAUGUACCACAGUAAAAACUUCACGUAUCCGCUCAACACAAACCUCAUCACUGAUUAUCGUCUCUGGGAUUAUGCGGACGAGCUGAUACCUGCUGUUACUAAAGUUCUACAGGACUGUGGGUUCAUUACGGGUUAGGUUUUACUGCACUGGGGUGUUGCUGUCAAAGUUUAAUAAAAAGCAAAGAUGUCAAAACAGUAAAUGUGUGUUCAGAUGAA